AUGCCUUAUUGUCCGCUAAACGUUUCGGAACUCCCACUCAAAACUUUAGAGCCAUCGCCUCAUGUUGUUGACGUCAAGAAGUAUGUGGGAAGUCGGCCAGACGUAUAUUUAUCUCGAAAGACCAUGGCGCCACUCGAUGCGGUCGUCACUUUUCUUUGGUUAAAAGACCCUCGAUAUCUGCAACAAUUUCUCAAUCGCCGAUGCUCAUUAUUUGUAUGCCAAAUUAAGAGGAAUCAUCCCGAUGACGAGAAAGCCGCGUGGGAAAUAUCGAUUGUGCGACAAAAGAUGUCGGAUUCCUUGCACACGGUAGAAUUAAGAGCCGUCAUAUCCAUAAGGAUGGAGGAUGAAGAAUUGUUAGUUAGAACCGUCGAACUACACUACAUCACAGACGGACAUAUCCUACGGUUCGAACAUCACGAUGAAAACUCAUCCAGUUUAUGGCAAUUUCCCGGCAUGUAUGCUACUAGGCGGACUAUCACAGCUACUCCAGCAAACUUGAGCCAAUUAGAAACAGCGCUACUAUUUUUCACGAUGGUCCUCAUAGAAUUAGAGUGCGAAGUAUUAGUCGAUCCCCAUAUAGGUCUAAAAGAUAAAGCCCCAGAGUAUCAUUUCGUUUCGAUGGGAAAUGGAAAAACCCCAAGGAUUUGA